GAGGCGGAGGUUGCAGUGAGCUGAGAUUGCACCACUGCACUCCAGCCUGAGCAUCAAGAGUGAAACUCCAACCCCCAAAAAACAAUAUAGUAGAACCACAGAUGUUGGGGUCAGGUAGAGCAGUGUUGUAAUCCUCACCCAAGGACUUGUCAGCUGGAGAUUUUGAGUAAGUGACUUAAUAACCUCUCUGCGUCUCGGUUUUUUCUUCUAUAUAGUGGGGCGUUGGGGUCCCCACCUUGUCUUCCUUUCAGGACUGCCAUUAAGAGUAAAUGAAAGGGCAUGGAGUUCUUCACCUGUGUUUGACCCAGCCAAGGGCUGCACUGAAAGAUGGUGUUUAUUACUGCAGGGCAUGUGUGUUGAGCUCCUGGAUGAAGAUGAGGCGUUCGGGUGGGUUUGUCCCUGUCCUGACUUGGCUCUGCCAUGCCUCCCCACUCCCACAGGUGAACCUGUUCUCUGACCCACCCCAGCCCAGCCGCAGCAUCCACACAGGAAUGGUACCGCAGGGGACCAAGGUCCUGUCCUUCACCAUCCCACAGCCCCGCUCAGCGGAGUGGUGGCCGGGCCCGGCUGAGGACCCCCAGACCUCUGUGGCCUCAGGGUGGCCAUCAGCUCGAGGAGACCUGAGCCCCUCCUCGCCCACCAGCAAGCCCAACCUAGGGUGGCUUCCAGAGAAUGGGGGCGUCUCCAAGGACCAGUCCUCAGAAGAGCAGACCCAGGCACUGGCUUCUCAGGCCCGACAGUUCCUGGCCAAGGUGGAGUCCUUUGAAAGACUGAUACAGGCAGGACGGCUCAUGCCCCAGGACCAACUCAAGGGCUUCCUGCAGCUGAAGGCUGCCCACGCAGCCCUGGAGGAGGAGUACCUGAAGGCCUGCCGGGAGCAACUCGCUGACCAGCCACUUGCCGGCUCCAUGGGGACACCUGGGAGAUUUGAUCCUGGCAGGGAGCUGGAGGCAGAGAUUUACCAUCUGGGAAGUUGCCUGGAAGAGCUGAAGGAACACAUAGACCAGACCCAGCAAGAGCCUGAGCUGCCCCAGUCAGACUCAGCUCUGGACAGCUCCCCAGCCCUGCCCUACCCCCACCAGCCAAAGCACCUGCCAGCUUCUUCCGGACAAGCCCCUACGCCAGCCAUCAAGACCUCCCGCUAUGAGCCUGCCACCACCACUGCUGCCUCCAGCACUGGCCCCUACCCACUGCAUGUGAAUGUCGAGGUGAGCUCUGGCAACAAUGAGGUGGAGGACAGGCUGCAGGACCCCCCGGCCCUGCUCAGGGACAAGGAGCUGCAGAUGGAGCAAGUUCUCCAUGGCCUCUUGGAGCGGUCCCUCGGUGUGAAGUCUCUCCCGGAAGCCGUGAGGGUGGAGGAGGAGGAAGAAGGGGAGGAAGAGGAGGAGGAGGAGGGAGGCGACUCCUUGGAAGUUGAUGGGGUGGCUGCAGCUUCAGGGAAGGCAGAGGCCACCGGGGUCCUCCCAAGGCAGUGUCUGGUGCAGGCUGAGAAAAGUCAUGGGGCUCCCCUGGAGGAGGCCACAGAGCAGAUGGAAUCUGUGAAGCCACCAGGUUUCCAGACAUCCCUGGCCAGAGACGGGCACAUGUCAGGCCUGGGCAAGGCUGAGGCAGCCCCUCCAGGCCCUAGCAUGCCACUCCAUGCUAGGGCACCCCACCCUCCGGGCACCAAGUCUGCAGCAUCCCACCAAAGUAGUAUGACCAGCCUGGAGGAAAGUGGCAUUUCUGAGCGCCUUGCACAGAAGCCUUUGCACCAAGCCGGUGGGCCCCACCUGGAGGAGCCCUGGAUGGCGUUCCCGGAGACAGACAGUGGCUUUGUGGGCUCAGAAACAAGCAGAGUCUCACCCCUCACCCAGACUCCAGAGCACCGGCUCUCCCACAUCAGCACAGCAGGGACAUUAGCCCAGCCCUUCACCGCAUCUGUGCCCAGGGAUGGAGGCUCCUACCCCAAGGCCAGGGGUUCUCUGGUUCCCAGAAGAGCCACAGAGCCCAGCACACCCCGGAGCCGAGCACAGAGGCAUCUCUCCUGCCCAAGUGGGCCUCUCCUUCAGAGGGUACCCAACUGCAGCCUGGAGCGGGCAUUGGCCACAGAGAUGGUGGUUCCUGGCUCGGAGUUUGAGGGGCAUAAGCAGAUUUCUGAACAGCUCCUUCCCAGCAAGACAAUCAGCCCACCCCCAGCCCCUGCCCCAGCCGCUGCCCCUCUGCCCCGUGGACCAACAGAGACCAUCCCCAACUUCCCACUCAACAGGGCAGAGCGAGACCAGGCCAUCCGUGAGCUGCAAGAGGAGGUGUCCCGGCUCCGCCUGCGGCUGGAGGACAGCCUGCAUCGGGCACCCCAGGACAGCCCGACUCACCCAGCGUUUGCCUUUGACCGCCCCACCCGGACCCGCGGCCGGCCAGCGGACUCCCCAGCCCCCUGGGGCUCCCAUUAUGGCAGUAAAUCCACAGAGAGAUUGUCCGGUGAGCCUAGAGGUGAAGAGCAGACGGUUUCCGCAGGAAGGCGGCGAGCCAGGUCUUCCUCAGUGCCUCGGGAGGUGCCCCGACUGUCCCUGAGUUCAGACUCUGAGUUGCCCCCCCGGCCACUGUUCUCUGAGAAGAGCAGGACCACUGAGGACAGUCCACGGGCAGCGCGGGACAGAAAGAGUGGGGGUGGCAGUGCUGGAUGGUCAGACAGGGUCACCUUCCGGGGCCAAUACACAGGCCACGAAUACCAUGUUCUGUCCCUAAGGCGGUCCCAAAAGGCAAUGGCACAGUCUCCUGUCCCCACUGCCGGCCCGUCAGGACCCAGAAUGCAGGCGGUGCUGCCACAGGAGACCCACUGGGACCACCUCCUGCUGAUACCCUUCAGUGUCCCCUGUGUGGUCGAGUUGGGUCUCCCCUGGAGGCAGAUGGCCCAGGCUCAGCCACCUCUGGGGCAGAGAAGGCCACCACGAGAAGAAAAGCACCGUCAACUCCCAGCCCCAAGCAGAGGGGCAAGCAGGCGGGGUCGUCACCAUGCCCACCCCCUGGACUGUGGUACCUGGCGGCUGCACCCCCAGCACCAGCCCCUCCGGCCUUUGCCUACAUCUCCUCGGUGCCUGUCAUGCCUUAUCCACCAGCCGCUGUGUACUAUGCGCCCGCAGGACCUACCUCAGCCCGACCAGCCGCCGAGUGGCCCCCCACAGCCUCUCCCCCGCCAGCCCAGGGGCACCGGCACUCCAUCCAGCUCGACCUGGGCGACCUGGAGGAGCUCAACAAGGCCCUGAGCCGGGCCGUGCAGGCUGCCGAGAGCGUCCGCUCCACCACCAGGCAGAUGAGCCGCUCGCUGUCCGCCGACCUGCGCCAGGCUCACAGCCUGCGGGGCUCCUGCCUCUUCUGACUUCACUGGGGGCCCAGAGACAGAUGAGUGGGUGGGUGGGCAGGUGGCUGCCAGGCCAGGCGCGGGCUGGAGCUGCUGAGGCCCGGAAGGCCCGCAUAGUUUCUCACCAGGAGAGUAUCCCUCCAGCACAGACCCCGCCUGCUCAGUCCCUGUGCUUUCCGAGUGGAGGGGGUGCCAGCUCAAUCACCAAGAGAUGUGACUUUCCAGGAGCACCUGCCCCUCACAGAGGUGCUGUGAGCGAGGCCCGCCUACGUCCGGGCAGAGCCUCUGACAGUCUCUCCUAGUCCUGCACGUGUCCACCUGCAGCUAAUAAUAGGCAUUUUAUAUACAGAUGGACAGAUAUUUUUUUAAACUGGGGAGUUUUCCUGAUCUUGGGUCCUCCUUAGGAGGCCAGACAAGAAAGGAAAGGCGUACGGUUUCUGGAGCACACCUGUCCCCCAUGUGACCAGUCACUCUGGGGCAAGCACCUCUGGAAGGGCACAGCUGGAGACCUUUCUCCUAGUGACUGGCAGUCAGUGGGGCAUUUUACGAUGUCAGAGCCCCAGGCUGACAUGCCUCCAGCUUCUCCAUGGCAGCAGAGGCCUUCCCCGCAGGCCUGCUGGGAUGGAGGCAAGCUACAAAGCACCCAGGACGCCGUCCACUGUAGUCCCUCUCAGUACCUCACGCAAGGUCCCCAGCUUCUCCUAGGAUCCCAGUGGCAUUUAUCAGUGGCCAGCUACCUGCCAAGCCUGGGCUGGGGCACGGUCUGUGGCCAUAAGGCUAGGCUGCCUCCCGCACCCCCACCCCAUGGCAGCACAUACCUCUGCAUUUCUGGAAUGUGUGUGCAUCAAUGAUGUUUGUAUAUUUGAGGCAUUUAAAAAUCUAUUUUCGUUACAAGGGCAAAUGAAGAAUGAAUAUUGAUCUUAAAAAAAAGAAAGAAGACAAAAAAAAUACCCAGAGCCA